AUGUCUCGACUCAACUACAACAAGUGGGACAACCUGCAGCUGUCGGACGACUCUGACAUCAAGGUGCACCCAAAUGUCGACAAGUGUUCGAUGAUUCGUUGGAAGCAGCGCGACAUCCACGAGAAGCGCGAGCAGCGCAAGCUCAAGCUCAAGCAGUUCGAGACCGAAGUGCCGAUGAACGACUCGCUCAUAAAGCGUAUCGACGGCCUUAUCUCAUCGACCAAGGCUGGGGGCACCGCCUUUGUUGCCAAGGAGGUUCUUCGUCUCAAGGCGGCGCUGCCGUACAAGUACGAGGAGAAGAAGUUUGCGAACAACAAGCAGCCAAGCGAGGAUCACAUGAUCGUCUCGCUGCUAAGCCAGGUCAUCACGGCGGUGCAGAAGAAGGAGCAGGAGAGCGGAGGUUCGAAUGUCGAGGCGGAGCGGGCGGACAGGCUCAUCAAGGAGCUCGAAUGGCACAAGCAGCGGAUGGCCGACAGGCAGAAGGAAAUCGAGCAGGAGAAGGAGGAGAUUGACCGCGAGCAGAAGAAGUGGAUCACAAGCGAGGACAUCCGGACGGGCUGGGACAGCAAGACGAUCGUCUCAGCGACGCCGUCGGUGCAGCCCAAACCCGCGCCGCCAGCCGCCUCUUCAAGCAAGGGGAAGAAGACCGAGACCGUCAUCGAGACGCUCAAUUCUCCCGGCGUCCAAGCUGCCGCAGCUGCUGAGGCUUCCGGGGACUCUUCCAAUGAAGCCCACCUUCCUCCUCUCACGCCCUCCGCGCUUGCCCUCUCUCGCAUUGCACCUCUCGACUGGGAUACACACCAACAAGCCAUUGUCGCUGACCCUUCGCUCUUGACAGAAGAGACGGGAGAUGCACUGAUGGUUGAAGCCUUCAGUCAGGCAAUGAAGGGAACAAAGGUGGGUGAGAAGAGGGCGACGGAGUGCAUCGAGAAGGCGCUUGUUGGGCAGUACUGCAGGAGCCUCGGCCGGGAUGGUGUUGCGCUCUUUUUCCGGCGGAUGACCAACUCCAACCACGCCGCCUUGCGAAUCUUCCUCGACGACGUCGCCAAGAAGUCCGACUGUAUCAUCUUGCGCGCCAAAGUCGUUGCCGCCGAGCGUGCCGAAAAGGCCGCUGCCGGCUCGGAAGGCGUCGAGCAGAUCCAGCUCGUCCCCGCUUCUCCCGACCAAACCAUCACCUUCGAGAUCCCCGACGGCCCGCCCCCCGAGAACCUUGAGAUCACGGGCGAAGGAUCCAAGGAACUCGAUCCGCAACUCGUCCGCGACUUCUUGCAAAAGCGUUGGGACAUUUUCCAGGCUUUCCCGAAGAAUCUCAAGGCUGCCCUGUCGAAGAAGAGCCUCGACAAGGUCAACAAGGUCCUCGGGAGGAUGAGUGUAGAGGAGGCGGAGAUCGUUUUCGAGACGCCCGGCAUUGUCGACCAGACCGGGAAAUCCGGCAAGGACCCGACUGUCACGGUUCCCAUCCCAUCAAAGGACGGCGCAUCCGGCUCCGUACCGGUCCAGCAGACAGAGGUGCUCAACCUGGAAGACUCGCCUGACUGA